AUGAAAGAAUUAUUGCUCAAAGAAACUCCCUCACUGGCAUUCAAUAAUUUAUUGGUUCAUACAAAAGGAAAUGUAUUGUGCUACAUUUCUAAUGGAAGUAUUGUUACGAGAAAUUUGUCUGACUUUUUUGCAGGCAAGGGAGAAGAGAUGGUCAUUCCUAACCUUUCCGAAUAUGAGGUCAAGAAUUUGGCCAUUUGUAUGAAUGGAAAGUGUUUGGCUGCGUCCUGCGAAAUUGGGGUGUUGUUCUAUGACAUUGCCAAUUUUUCUCUGUUGUACUUUUACAAAAUUGAAGGAAAUGUUACUUUUUCUUAUGGUCCGUUAGCAAGUGACGAACAUAGAGUAUAUGUUGGAGAUUCUUCGGGUAACAUUACUUGUUUUCGUCUCAAUUCCAUGGAUGACAUUCAAUUUGAGUCUUCAGCAAAUAUUGCAACAGUUGGCAUCACUGCUUUGCAAGCGUUUUCCGAUUCAAAACUUUGUGCUGGAUUGGCAAAUGGUGACAUUGCUUUUAUUAACAAUCUUAAUACAAUCAUCAAGUUGCACAAAAACAAAGUGGAAGCUCUCGAAUAUCCAUGUACGGGAAUUCAAAUUGUGAAUGACACUGCUGUCACUGCUUUCGGAAGUGGACAUGUUAGGUUGUACAUCUUGAAAAAUGGAUUCAAUAAGAUGGCAGAAAUAGGAGCGCAUUCAAAGGGAGUUUCUGCCCUCCACGCGUUCGAAGACAAGGGAGCCAUUAUUUUUGCAACAACCAGCGAAGAUUGUUCUGUUUUUAUUUGGAAGUACGAACACGAAUUUUCUGCAAUUAAGGGCGAGCGUAUCAAGGAUUGUCUGUUAACUGGAGUACAGUUUGUUGAGAGCAAUCGAGUAUUAGUAUCGUCCUUUGAGAAGAAAAGCUGCUAUUUAUUAGAAUGCUAG